AUGGCCCAGAUGGUCCACAGCCUCUGCUCCACCUUUGGCCUCCAGUGCUGCCUCCUCUUCCUUCUAGCUUCUUGGGAGGCAGGUGCUAAUACAUUCCAAGAAUAUCAGAAAACUGGGGAACUCUCAACAUCUGAUCACAUAUUUCCCCUUCCUCCAGGCCUUGUUUAUAGUAUCCCUUUGGAUCACACUGUUAAUUCAGGACAAAGACCUUCAGAGCUCCCUAAAUCUACAGAAAUUCAUGAGCGAAAACGCCACUGCAACACCACAUGCCAUUCUAAGCCAACUGACAAGCCUAUAGACAACUCCAAAACUACAGACUACAAAAGCUCUACAGAUAAUCAUGAGGAUCCUCCCUCUUCUGAAGAAAACUCCAGCAAUCAAGGGAAAGACCCAAUGAUCCGGAACCAGCGCUCUGUUGAUCCUGUUUACUCCGCUACCACACAUGAAGAAUCCUCUGAAAAAAAACAUACAACGCCAGCACCCAAGAGCAAAAUAAGUUGUCAUAAGUCUACAACAGGCAAAUCAAUGGUAACAAGAAAACCAGAUACAACUGGAAGACCUUUGGAAAAGUCCAUGAGUAUUUUGGAUAAUAAAAGUACAACUUCCUUCCACAACUCAGGCAAUUCACAGACCAAGCCAAAAAAAACAUGUUUUUCAGAAAAAACCACAGCAGCCUCAAAAACAACAUACAAGACUACAGGAACCCCAGAAGAGUCAGAAAAACCUGAAGAUUACAGAACAACAGUUGCCUCAGACAAGCUCCUGACAAAAACUACAAAAAACAUACACGAGACCAUAUCAGCCAAUGAGGCACAAUCUCUAGCAAAGCCUACAGAACAUAGAGAAAGGACAGCCAGCGAGAAGACCACACCAUCCCCAGCAGAGCCUACAGAAAAUGGACAAAGGACCCCAUUUGCCAGUGAGAAGACCACAUCAUCCUCAGCAAAGCCUACAGAACAUGGAGAAAGGACCCCACUGGCCAAUGAGAACACCGCAACAUCCCCAGCAGGGCCUACAGAAAAUAGAGAAAGGACAGCCAAUGAGAAGACCACACCGUUCCCAGAAGAGCCUACAGAAAAUAGAGGAAGGACAGCCAAUGAGAACACCACACCAUCCCCACCAUCGGCCAAUGAGAACACCACACCAUCCCCAGUAGAGCCUACAGAAUAUGGAGAAAAGACUACAUUGGCCAACGAGAAGAUCACAGUAUCCCCAGAAGGGCCUACAGAACAUGGAGCAAAAACUACAUUGGCCAAUGAGAAGAUCACACCAUCUAUAGCAGAGCCUACGGAACAUGGAGAAAGGACCACAUCACCCAAUGACAAGAUCACCCCAUCUGCAGCAGAGUCUACAGAACAUAGAGAAUGGACUAUAUCAGCCAAUGUGAUCACACCAGCCCCAGCAGAGCCUAUAGAACAUGGAGAAAGGACCACAUUGGCCCAUGAGAAAAUGACACAAGUCACACAAAAGUCUACAGAACACCCAGAAAAGACCAUGUCAACCACAGAGAAAACCACAAGAGCCUCAGAAAAGCCUACACUACACUCAGAGAAGACCAGAUCCACCAAAGAGAAAAACACACCAGUCCCCGAAAAGCCUACAGAAAACCCGAGGAACACCACACUGACCACUGAGACCAUAAAAGCCCCAGUAAAGUCCACAGAAAACCCAGAAAAAACAGUAGCAGUCACAAAGACUAGAAAACCUCCAGUCAAGGUCGCAGGAAACGAAUCUCUCACUACUGCUUCUUCUCAUCUAAAUAAAACUGAGGUUAUUCAUCAGGUGCCCACUGGUUCUUUCACCCUCACUACACGUAGAAUGAAGUUGAGUUCUAUCACAUCAGAAACCCCAGGCACGAGCCAUCCACACCUCAAUAAAAAUGACUCACAGAAUGAUAUCCAUGCUGGACAGAUGGGGGAGAAUGAUUCAUUCCCUGCAUGGGCCAUAGUUAUUGUGGUCCUGGUGGCUGUGAUUCUCCUCCUGGUGUUCCUUGGCCUGGUCUUCUUGGACAAUGACCCAGAGGAUGAGGGUGGCCCCAAUUCCUACCCAGUCUACCUGAUGGAGCAGCAGAAUCUUGGCAUGGGCCAGAUCCCUUCCCCACGGUGA